AUGGACAAAGACAACGCAAACCCCGCCAUCCUCAACCCAAGCGACCUGCCAUCUCGCCGCGGCGCCUCGCACCAAUCCACCACACACGCCAGCCUCUUCGACGGCCUCAUCCCCUCCUACCCACACUACGACAACCUAACAACAUCAACCUCUUUCCCCGCACCCAUCCCUUCAAACUCAUCCGACGACAUCUCAGACGACGAUGAUGACUUGCGCGAGGAAAUCGACGAACAGGAAAUCUUUGACUUGAUCAGCACAAUCUCGGAUCCCGAGCAUCCGUUAUCGUUGGGUUCGUUGGCUGUUGUCUCGUUGCCUGAUAUUUUCAUCUUGCCGCCUGCAUCGCCUUCGUCAAAGAUUUCGACUGUGAGGGUUUUGGUCACGCCGACUAUUACUCAUUGCUCGUUGGCUACUGUCAUCGGCCUCGGUGUCAGAGUGAGAUUGGAGCAGUCGUUGCCUCCGAGAUUCAGAAUCGAUGUGAGGAUCAAGGAGGGUACACAUGCCAGUGAUGAGGCUACCAACAAGCAAUUGGGCGACAAGGAGCGUGUUGCCGCUGCCAUGGAGAACGGCACUCUGGUUGGCGUCAUAAAGAAGAUGUUGAGCACUUGCGAGUAA